AUGGCCCUCGCCGACGCCACCAACGUCGUCGCGACUGACGCGCCCAUCGCGACCGCGACCAAGACGAUGAGCCAAGCAUCGGAAGUGCCCAACGCACCCAACCCCGAGAAGCUGGUCGCGGCGCUCGACGACGUCGCGAGCUUCGACGCCGCCAAACGCGACGCCGCGGCCGCUAAACUCGAUGCCGCAUCCGCUAAGGACGCCCCGGGGCUGUGCAUCGCGCUCCUCCGCGUCGCAUCGGACGACGCACACGGAUCGGCCCGAAGGCUCGCGGCCGGCACGUUCGCGAGGAACCUCCUGCGCAAGGCGUUCUGGACCCCCGAGAAGGACGGCGCAUCGUUCCCGGACGCAUAUCGCGCCGCCGUCCGGGUCGCGGCGCUCGAUGCGCUCUGCGUCGCCCCCGACGGGCCAUCGCGCGCGCUCAUCGCCGAGUGCCUCCGCCUCGCGGGCGCGGUCCCGGCCUCCGCCAUCGGAGGAUCCUCGCAAUUUACCGAUAUAACGUCGUCGUCUUCGGAAGACCCGCGCGCGGACCUCGCGCUGGACGUGUGCGAACGCCUCGCUAAACGCGGCAGUUUCGCGGCAGCUAAACACGAGUCGUCGUUCGUCUUGAGUCCCGGGUUCCUACUCGCGACGCACGCCGCGGCUCGGCCGUUUCAGUACUUUCGCGACGCGGCGAAGGCGAGAGAAGCGGCUCCGGAGGCUCUGGAGACGCUCUGCGUGAAGGUCAUCGCGCCGCACGUGGUGCCGAUGUGCGGGUGCGACGACGCGAGGGUGAGGCGGGCGGCGCUCAAGGUUGUCUUUCGCGUCGUUCGCGCGUACAUGCCGGACGCUCUCCGCGGCGAAGUGCUCCGAUCAAUCGUCGCAUCGAUUUCCCGAUCGACGCUCAUCCUUCGAGCGCGGUCGUACGAAGGGACCGCGUCCGAGGAGGACUGGAUCGCCGCCAAGCGCGCGUUGCGAUUGGCCAAGGCUCUCGUCACGCGCCACGCGUCGAUGCUCGAUUCGUCCGCGUUCCUCGCCAUCGUGGGAGCGUGCGUCGGGGCGGCGGGCGUCGAGGAUCCAACCGCGGACGCCGCCGACGCCGCCGUCGCCGAGGCUUUCGCGUGCCUCGAGUCCGUCCUUGCCGCGACGAGGGAACCUAAACCCACGAGUGACGCCGCGUGGGCGGGGCUCACGGACUUGGCGUCGGUAUCGGGCGUAGGAUCGCCCGUCGGUGCGCUCAAGGAUCUCAUCCUCGAGUGCGUUGUUCCCCACGCGAAUUUACGUAAAAUUGACGAGGAGCGCCUGGCGGAGGACCCGGAGGAGUACGCCCGCGUCAACGCGGUGGGCGACGUCGCGAUCGUAGACGUCAUCGAGGAGGCGCUCGCCGACGGUGGCGGGUCGGGGUCGGGGGUCACCGCGAGGAACGCGGCGCUCGAAUUUGUGCAGGCGCUGGUGACGACCGUGGGCCCGGCGGUGAGCCCCGGGGCGGAGCCCCCGGCGAAGAAGCACAAGAAGGAUACCAAGAAGGAUACCAAGAGGGACGGCGAAGACGGCGAUGGCAAGGCACCGUCGCCCACGCCCGGGGAGUCCGCCCUGAAGGACGUCGUGGACGCCAUCUUGGCGGAGGCGCCGAAGGAAAAGAUCGAGAAGGUUGGUAAAUCAGCCGCCGCCGCCGGAGCCGUCGCGACGUACGCGGCUCCCGCCGCCGAGGCUUCACUCGGCGCUUCGAAAUACUUUGGACUCUUCCAGCUCGCCGCAUCCCUCGCGUCCGCGCAGGCGCAAAGGGGCCGCGGCGCGAAGGACGGCGCGAUGAGGCUAUUCUGCCAGCGACACGCGUUCCCCGCGGCGGCGGCGACUGAUUCGCCGCACGUAGCCGCCGCCGCCGCCAAGUUUAUCGCCGACGCCCUCGUGGUCGGUCCGAGGACGAGCUCCGCGGCGCCGCUCCUGAGGGAAGGCGUCGCCGCCCUCAUCGCAGCCAUCGAGCGCGAAUGGGACCUAAAGGGUUCCAACGACGACGACACCAACGACGACGAUGGACGGGAAAUCGACGAGGAAGGCGUCGCGGCGGUCAAGGAUAUCGCGUCGUGGGCGGCCAAAUCCGUGUUGGAGGACGCCCCCGCGGCGAGCGAGGCUUUCGGUACGCUCGCCGUCGGCGCGGUGGACGCCGCCUGCGAGCGCUUGCUCGCUCUCGUCGAGUCCUCGCCGGCUCACUCGACGCCCGCGCUGAGGGUGUUGGGCGCGAUGGCCGGCGCCGCGUCCGGCGCGAUGACGCCGACGGCGGCGGCGGGCCGGAUCGAACGGAUCGUCGCCGCGUUCGCUCCCUUCGCUCCCUCAACUGAUGAAGAGGAUGAUUCGAUCGAAGGGAACGAUUCAUCAAUCGACGUACCCUUGGACGCGUGGGAGGCUUCGGUGGACGCGUGCGCCGCGCUCGUGGAGGCUGCCAACGCGUGGGACGCUCCGGAGGGCGCGUCCGAAGGAGCAGUCGACGAGGCGAGGGAGGGCGAGAUGGCGGCGGCGGCGGCGGCGGCGGCGCACGUCGCGGCGUACUGGCGAGCCGCCGAGUCGCUCGAACCCUCGGACGACGAGGAUGAGGAGGAUGAGGACACAGCUGGCGACGGCGACGAAACGGACGGCCGUUACGACCGUUACGCUCCUCCUCCCGCGCACGCCGCCGUCGCGUCGCUUCUCCGCGCCGCUGCGGAAGUUCUCGCGAGUUCUCGCGUAACGGACAAAAAAACGGCCAACUCCGCCCGCCUCGCCGCGAACGUCCCGCGAGUCUGCGCGGAGUGGGCCCGUCACCUCCCCGCGUGGCGACGCCAGGGCGAGGCGGGACUCGUCGACGACGCCUGCCUCGACGACCUUCGCGAUAUCGUCGCCGCGGUAUCAACCGCCGGUACCGCCGGGGACGACGCGGUCGCGGCCAUCGCCGGGUUUGGCGCGGCGACGGCGGCGGCGGUCCUCGAGGACUCGGACGACGAACCGACGCGUCGAGCCGCCGCCGGGGCGCUCGCCGCCUGCGUCUCCGCCCCGGGGUUCCCUGGGUGGUCCCACGUACCGGGGGUACCCACGUUUCCGUUGAGGUUUAAUUUGUUGCGAGUCGCGCUCGAUAACGCGGAGGGGGCGACGACGGGAAGGAGGUCCGCGCGCGCCGCGCUGCACCUGCUCGCCGCCGUCGCCGCUUCGUCCGGGUUUGCGGGAGACGCCUCGUUUGCUCAAGAGUGGCUACGCGUCCGCUGCGAGUGCGCGGGCGUCGCCGGAUGGACCGUCACGGGCGUUGACGGGGCGUUACUCGGCGCGCACGUGGCGUCCCUGCACGCGGCCCUCGUCGCGCUCGUUGCGCCCGGCGCGCCUCAGCCGGACAAACAAGUAUUCGGAGCCGCGCUCGACGAGGCGGUUCGCGCCGCGGCGACGCUUCUCGCCUCCCCCGAGGACGGCUGCGACGAGGACGAUGACGACGAGGAAGACGAAGAUGAUUCGGAUGGCGAAGACGAUUCGGACGACGAGGCUACGAUUAACGACGGCCUCGAGAACGAGACGGAGGAGGAGUUUUUGGAGCGAUACGCCGCCAUCGCGCGAGACAUGGCCGACGGCACCGCCGACGACGAAUUGAACGACGACGACGACGAGGGAUGCGACGAGGAAGACUCGGCGUACCAAGUCGCGUUUGAGGCGACGAGGGGUGACGGCUCGAGGGACGCGAUGGCGUUCGCGGCGUGGUUCGAGACGUGGCGAGCGGGCGAUACCCGUGGCGUGCGAGUGUCGUCCGUCGUCGACGGAGCUGCGGCGAAGGCGCUGGCCAAGGCGGCGGCCCGAUGA